AUGUCUCUCAACGUUGCAAACAACCCGCAGUCCGUUCGACGACGAGCGUCUUUCAUGUCGAGAACGCGCCCAAGAACCUCCGCAGAUGAUCAAAGCCCAAAUCUACGACCUCACCAUUUUAAUGCUCCUUUGUGGGCUUCGGGUGGAGAUGGGAACUAUAAAGCACCGUCCAGGCACGUUAUUCACGAACCAGUAGCGCCCGAUUGCCGUUACGGAGCCGCAGCAGUGGAGAGAGAUAUGCUCGACUCAUUCAGUCCGAACGGUGGCACACAUCGUCAAAGCAAGAGCAUUUCUUGUAUUCGAUAUGGAGUUGGUGAAUUACGAGCCGCGGUUCGACGUUUUUCCUUUACUAUUCGCCACAAAUCGCACAGGCAUACGCUGGAAGUCCCACUGGUAGGAGGUCAGGGAGACGAUCGCAUUAAAGGAAAUGGAGUAUUCCGCAAUCAUUCUAUGCAUAGAAAGUCAUUCAGCAGUUUCUAUACUUUACACCGAUCGCCGUCCAAUCCUCCCAACACUCCGCUGCCAAUCUCUCCAAGGAGCCCAGAACUCCCUAUAUUCUCCGAAGAAAUACUGGGGGGAGAAGCAGCCCGUGCUGCUGCCGCUACGCAAAACGAGUUGAUCAAGUUGGAGCGUGUUUCGUCAAAUGCAGAUAGUGUCGAUUUUAAUGCUAGCCUGGGUUCCACCAACAAACCUUCACUAGACUCGGAGAGUGGAAUUGAAAUCAACAUUCAGGAUAUUGGACGCUGUUCUGAUGAUUUGGAUGUCGUUCGUAAAGACCCGGUGUCUUGCUUACCAACAGAAUUGAUGUGCAGUAUUCUAUCUUUCCUCGAUGCCGAGUCACUAAAGAACGCAGAACUGGUUUCUCAGGCUUGGUAUAUACAUGCUUCCUCUCGACAUGUUUGGAGAGAUGUUUUUCGUCAUCAAUAUAAGCGACACUCUCGCACUACUAACGACAACGGCCGCAAGGCUAUGUCGACGGGUUUGGGAAAAGUACGACCAAACCAGGACUGGAAGAAAAUGUAUGCCGUUCGACUGGCCCUGGAGCGUCGCUGGACGGAGGGUAAAGCUGCUGCUAUUUAUUUACAUGGGCACAAGGACAGCGUUUACUGCGUUCAAUUUGAUGAAAAUAAAAUUAUUACCGGCUCUCGCGAUAGAACUAUUCGUAUUUGGGAUGCCCAUUAUCCGUGGCCUUGCUUGAAGGUUAUUGGUGCUAUUCAUGACCGCAAUGAAAGCCCUCACAUUGGACCGCUGCCCAUCACUCCCCAGCCCGACGCUCCUGGCAGUACACCAUUUAUUAGCAUCUGUCCUCCUGUCAAACCUGCCAGCGAAUUAAUGAAACAGAACCCUGAACCCCAGGAUUUCCAUCGCGCUUCUAUUCUUUGCCUUCAAUUUGAUGAUGAAAUUAUGGUGACCGGCUCGUCCGACUUUACCUGCAUUAUUUGGGAUAUCAAUGAUGACUACCGACCAAUUCGUCGGCUCGAGGGCCACCGCGCCGGCGUUCUUGAUGUUUGCUUUGAUAGCAGAUAUAUCGUUUCCUGCUCCAAGGACACUACCAUUUGCGUCUGGGACCGACACACGGGGGAGCUUAUCAAGAAACUUAUUGGCCACCGCGGCCCCGUCAACGCCGUUCAGCUUCGUGGAGACCUCAUCGUUUCUGCCAGUGGCGACGGGAUCGCCAAACUCUGGAACAUUACAUCCGGCCUCUGCAUCAAAGAAUUCACCAGCCGCGAUCGAGGUCUCGCCUGCGUCGAGUUCAGCGAAGACGCACGUACCAUCCUCGCAGGCGGUAAUGACCAGGUUAUCUACCAGUUCGACGCUAACACAGGCGAGCUUGUCAACGAACUCAAGGGCCAUACCAAUCUUGUCCGAUCGUUACACAUGGAUAAUGAAAAUGGCCGGGUUAUCAGCGGCAGCUACGAUAUGAGCGUGAAAGUAUUUGAUGGGAAAUCUGGCGAUCUCUCAAUCGAUCUUCCUGGCUGGACCACAAGUUGGAUGCUGAGUGCAAAAUCAGACUAUCGACGGAUCGUGGCGACUAGCCAAGAUUCUCGCGCUGUCAUUAUGGAUUUUGGGUAUGGGCUUGAUGGGAUCGAUCUCCUGGAAGAAUGA